AUGGAAAUCUUGUUCAAGAAUGCCGAAUUGAUCCCCCAAAAUGGCAGAUCGGUCGUUGCAAUAGUGGCGCCGCAUGCAGGGAUCCGUUACAGCGGCGCAAUUGCCGCAGCGGCCUUUAAACAGCUUUGCGAAAAAACACACGAUGAUAAGAUUUCCACAAUCGUGCUUGUUGGCCCAUUGCAUCAGUUCCGCAGCGAGAAGGCUACCCUAUGGACAAGCAAAUACAAAGUGCAACAAUCGCCACUUGGAAAUUUGUAUGUAGACACAGACCUGGCGAGCCUUCUCAAGCUGCCCGUGUUGCCGAUCAACGAAGACAAGGCCGAACAUUCGAUAGAAAUGAUGUUUCCCUUCAUUUCGUAUUUGAUGCGGCAUUCAACAAUACCAAUCCUUCCCAUUUAUGUUAGCAAAGAUGAUGGGAGCCAUGGGGCUGUGGUCGAGAAAAUAUGGCGCCACUCCAGCUCCACCGUGUUUGUGUUCUCUUCCGACUUUUGCCAUUGGGGAACAAGAUUCCAGUACUGCUAUCUAGCUCCUAGGUGUUGCGAUCCCAUUUACAUGCAAAUAGAGGAACUCGAUACAAAGGCGAUGCAGGUGCUGCAGAAAUUUUGCCUUCAAGAAUGGCAUGCGUACUUGCAAAGAUACGGAAACACGAUUUGCGGAAAAGAUCCUUUGGGGCUGCUCAUGUUUUUGGGGUGCUUUUUACGGGACGCAUGCGGCGCCCGGCUCGAAUGGGUCAAAUACGCCCAGUCUUCAAAAAUAAGUGAUAGAACUGGCGAUGCUGAGGUGCCACUAAAAAAGAAGCACGCGAAAUCGAGAAAAUCCGGCGAUGCCAUCCCAAACUUUGUGUAUGAACUAGAGAAACUAAUAUCAGCAGAGGGCUUAUCUUCGGCCCUAAAAGAGAAGAAGAAGCGUUUGGCUGGCCAAUUGGUGGUGUACAAUCAGAAACGAGAAACAAAAGGGCUCGCUCCAGUCAAAUGCAACCCGAUCCGAAUUGGCGACGAGCCUGUCGAAAGCAAUCCUACCAAGGAUGGUAGCAUUGCUGGCGGAGAGCCGGCGCCCAUAAUCGAGGAACCGUCCGCAGCCAUCCGCAGACCCUUUGGAAUGGAACAUCCACCCACGUUGGAGCAAAAUCAGCAUCCGGUGCCCAAACCAUAUAUUUCGUCGAAAAUUGCCUCUGGCGUGGUGUCCGAGUCGCGCCCUUCUCUUAAAGCCGAAACGCCAUCCCUUAUCCCAUCGGCGGCUGUGCAAAAGAAAAAUGCCCCAUCCAAAGACGACAUAGAUUUGGAAUACGAGGCUUUUUUAAAAUCCAUUGGCGAGGUGGGCGAUAAUUAA